CGGCUAAAGUACUUAGAUUUUCUAACCCGGAAGUAAAGACAUGCAGACAGCUAAAUCUGUAAAUGACAUGUUUAUGUGAAAAAUUAUUUGUAAAACACUAUGGAAUUGACAUGAACGGAAUGCCAGAACACGCGGACAAUUUGUUUGACUGGAAGAACCGUCAACAAAUACACGGAGUAUUACUGAAGCGGUCAAACGCUCAGUCAAAAUGGAUGAGAAGAUUUUUCAUUGUUAGAGAUGGUUGGAUGUUUUACUAUCCAGAAACAGAGAAGAAAGAAUUCCCACGAAGGAAUUUCUUCAAUACAGCUCCAAAGGCUGCUAUACCAUUAGGUGUAUGUAAUAUCACAGUGAGUAAUAAAGAACAGGGUCAGCCAUCUGCCUUCAUUAUUUCAUCAGAAGAAAUAGAGGGUAACCUAACAUUAGCAGCAGAGAAUGAUUAUGAGAGAGAUAAAUGGAUCUCAGUUUUAGAGAAAUCCAAACGAAUAACAUGGGCUAAUCAACAGAUGUCAGAUGAUCUAAUACGACAGUUAGAGGAACAUGGUCUCACACUAGCCAAACAGAAACAAGACUACUUUGAUAGGUUACAGUCUGAGGUACUAGAGUUGGCUGACGAGAAGGAAAAAACAUGGGAGUUAGAAAGACUAAAUGAAGAGCUGGAGAAAGAGAAGGCCAAGAUGGAAAGUUUUGCUGAGGAAAUGAAAACUGAUUAUGAAAAAGUUAAAAAUGAGUUAGAAGAUAUGCAGAGUUAUAUGAAAUCAUUGGAUACAGAAAGAUUGGAACUGCGAGAACAGCUGACAACGCAGGAAACUGAUCUCAAGGCGUUAGCAACAGAGAAGGAAUCUAUUGAAGCAACAUUGAAGCGGCAAGAAUCAGUCACAGAACAGAUAAGUCAUGAGAAGGAACAGAUUAGUCAUGAGAAGGAAAAGAUUAGCCAUGAGAAAGAACAGACAGAAGAACAAAUGAAGACUAAACUGAGAAAUAUAGAAGAACAAACACAAAUAUUGCUACAAGAAAAGGCAGAAGCUGAAAUGAGAUUACAAGAAAAUGAGCAGAGAGCUAGGGAGUUAGAAGAAGAGAAGACGAUGUACAACGAACAAGCUCAGGAGCUACAAUCUACCAUCAAGGAUUUAACAGUACAAAAAGAGAUGACAGAAAAUGAACUCAAGGAAGAGAUUAUGGCAAGAAUGGAAGCUGAGAGACGUCUAAAGAACGCAGAGAGCUCGUUACAUAAACUACAUCACGCUGUGGAAAAUGAGACGCCAAAUAUAGAAUCUGAAGUUAAACAAGAGAUGGUUGUGAAUGUUAAUAAACUCAAAGCAUUUUUUGAGAAUCUUGCACAGGAAGCUAAGUUGGAUCCUGAUAAACCUGUCGUUAUGAAAAACUCAAUUCAUGCUCGUAAAACUAUCAUGAGACGAAAUAAAACUCGCAAAUUUGAACGGAGAAAAUCAAGCAGUAUGCGUGCGAAGUCGAUGAACCUGGAUCAACUUCCGGUGCUGACGAGAGGUUCUAAAACGUUCAAUCCCCGGAGGGCACAGUCUACAUUUGUUCGUAGCUCUUCAAAAACGGAGGAAGACGAUUCAGAACCAGUCAAAUUUGCUGCACUCCCACCAAUGAAAGAAGUUUAUACUGAAAGAUUUUGAUUAUUUAUGAUAUAUAAAGAGACUUGUACGAUAUAAACUGAUGCCAUAUUGUCCUGUCUAUGUUUAUCAUUUACUUUAUGUUAUUGAUAUAUGUAUGCGAUGCAUUUAAUGGAGAGCUGGAUUAAGUUUGACCACUCUACACUGCUGUUUUGAUGUUUUACUAAUUGUAACCACAGACCAUGAACUUACAGUAAUUAAAGUACAUGUUGUAACACAGACUAUGUUUUACUUCAGGUUAAUGAAGAAAUAAAACAUAUUAUAUGAAGCACAAUACACUUUGACUAAAGUUAUACACAGUGCAAUAUGGCUUAAGUUAUACACAGUGCACUAUGACUAUAGUUAUACACAGUGCACUAUGGCUAAAGUUAUACACAGUGCACUAUAACAAAAGGUAUACUCAGUACACUAUGACUAAAGUUAUAUGCAGUGCACUAUGACUAAAGUUAUUCGCAGUGCACUAUGACUAAAGGUAUACACAGAGCACUAUGACUAAAGUUAUACACAGUACACUUUGACUAAAAUUAUACACAGUGCACUAUGGCUAAAGUUAUACGCAGUGCACUAUGACUAAAGUUAUACGCAGUGCACUAUGACUAAAGGUAUACACAGUACACUGUGACUAAAGGUAUACACAGUACACUAUGACUAAAAUUAUACACAGUGCACUAUGGCUAAAGUUAUACACAGUGCACUAUGACUUGAGUUAUAUACAGUGAACUAUGGCUAAAGUUAUACACAGUGCACUAUGACUUGAGUUAUAUACAGUGCACUAUGACUAAAGUUAUACACAGUACACUAUGACUUAAGUUAUACACAGUGCACUAUGACUAAAGUUAUACACAGUGCACUAUGACUUAAGUUAUACACAGUGCACUAUGACUUAAAGUUAUACACAGUGCACUAUGACUUAAAGUUAUACACAGUGCACUAUGACUUAAAGUUAUACACAGUGCACUAUGACUAAAGUUAUACACAGUACACUAUGACUAAAGUUAUACACAGUGCAUUAAGACUUAAGAUAUACACAGUGCACUAUGACUAAAGUUAUACACAGUGCACUGUGACUUAAGCUAUACACAGUGCACUAUGACUAAAGUUAUACACAGUGCAUUAAGACUUAAGAUAUACACAGUGCACUAUGACUAAAGUUAUACACAUUGCACUGUGACUUAAGCUAUACACAGUGCACUAUGACUAAAGUUAUACACAGUACACUAUGACUAAAGUUAUACACAGUACACUAUGACUAAAGUAUACACAGUGCACUAUGACGAAAGUUAUUCACAGUACACUAUGACUAAAGUUAUACACAGUGCACUAUGCCUAAAGUUAUACACAGUGCACUAUGACUUAAGUUAUACACAGUGCACUAUGACUAAAGUUAUACACAGUGCACUUUGACUCAAGUUAUACACAGUGCACUAUGACUAAAGUUACACACAGUGAACUAUGACUAAAGUUAUACACAGUGCACUAUGACUAAAGUUAUACACAGUGAACUAUGCCUAAAGUUAUACACAGUGCACUAUAUAUGUCGCUUAUUGUUCAUACAUUAUUCUAGUUAAAAUCUCUAGCUGUGUUAAAGUGUUUACAUUUUAAUGUUUAUGUGUAACUUAUUUUGGCACUCACAAGGGUAAGCUGUCCAUAUGUGUGCAUUUGAACACUUGCUUCUAUAUACUUGAUUGCUAUGCACAUGAACUAUAAAAAUUGUGAAUGCCUCAAUAUUGCAAAGUUAAAAUUAAAAAUUUGUUUUAAAUAUACAUUCUUGUACAAGAACACUCAUAAUGAUCUUCCAGUAUAAUAAUUGUCUCAGUUUUGAUUGCUUGAUGUAAUAAUGAAUAUAUGAGCCACGUCAUGACAAAACCAAAGUAAUGCGUUUGCGACCAGCAUGGAUCCAGA